UCAGCUCUGAAUCCAAUUCACAGAGAGAGAGAGAGAGAGAGAGAGAGAAAGAAAGAGAGAGACAAAGAGAGAAUGAGAAAUUACAGGGCGUUGCUCACAACAGCUCUACCAGUCUUCUUGUUAUGCUUCUUCUUCGGAUUCAAAUUCGAUCGCUGUGACGCACUGUACGGGGCGUCCACACCAGUGCUUCAGCUAAACCCCUCCAACUUCAAGUCCAAGGUUCUGAACUCGAAUGGAGUUGUACUGGUUGAGUUCUUUGCGCCAUGGUGUGGCCACUGCCAGGCUCUAACGCCAAUAUGGGAGAAGGCAGCUACUGUCUUGAAAGGUGUCGCCACUGUGGCUGCGCUCGAUGCUGAUGCACACCAGUCCCUUGCUCAGGAAUAUGGAAUUAGAGGAUUUCCUACCAUAAAGGUUUUUGCACCUGGAAAGCCUCCAGUAGAUUACCAAGGAGCUAGAGACGUCAAACCCAUUGCAGAAUUUGCACUUCAACAGGUAAAGGCACUUCUAAAGGAACGAUUAAGUGGAAAAGCAACUGGAGGAUCAAAUGAAAAAUCUGAACCUAGUGCUUCUGUAGAUUUGAACUCCCACAAUUUCGAUGAAUGGGUGCUUAAAAGUAAAGAACUCUGGAUUGUGGAGUUCUUUGCGCCUUGGUGUGGACAUUGUAAAAAAUUGGCUCCUGAGUGGAAGAAGGCUGCUCUUAACUUAAAGGGGAAGGUGAAGCUAGGUCAUGUUGACUGUGAUGCAGAAAAGUCUCUAAUGAGCAGGUUCAAUGUUCAAGGGUUUCCCACCAUCUUAGUAUUUGGUGCUGACAAAGAUAGCCCAAUCCCCUAUGAGGGUGCAAGAACUGCCUCGGCCAUUGAAUCAUUUGCUCUAGAGCAGCUGGAAACAAAUGUUGCACCUCCUGAAGUGACUGAGCUGACUGGCCCGGAUGUCUUGGAAGAGAAAUGCAGUUCGGCUGCCAUCUGUUUUGUUGCUUUCCUCCCUGACAUUUUAGAUUCCAAGGCGGAAGGGAGGAACAAUUACCUUCAGCAGUUAUUAUCAGUUGCAGAGAAGUUCAGAAGGAGUCCAUACAGCUAUGUCUGGGCAGCUGCUGGUAAGCAGCCAGAUCUCGAGAAUCGUGUAGGUGUCGGUGGGUAUGGGUAUCCUGCUUUGGUAGCAUUGAAUGUGAAGAAAGGUGCAUAUGCCCCACUUAAGAGCGCAUUUGAGCUUGAACAUAUUAUAGAGUUUGUGAAGGAAGCUGGGCGUGGAGGGAAGGGCAAUUUGCCUCUGGAUGCCGCUCCCGUGAUUGUAAAGACGGAACCGUGGGAUGGUAAAGAUGGAGAGAUCAUUGAAGAGGAUGAAUUCUCACUUGAAGAACUCAUGGGGGAAGAUGCUGCAAGCAAGGAUGAGUUGUGAUCAACUUGAAGCAGAAUAAUAGAGAAAGAGAAUGAGAUUUCAGGCUAGAAACGAUUUUGAUGCUACAAGCAAUGUAUUUCUUGUACGUUCUAUUUUAAUGACUUCACUAUAGUGAAAGUGGUCCUUAUGAGGAAUAUUCUCUAGUUCUUUCU